AUGGCAUCUAGUAGUACUACUAUUACAGUUUCCGGUCAUAAUGCUCAAUGGGAAUGGGAAGGUGAUAAAAGUAUUUGGCAACAAUAUCCAAUUAAUAUUCAACAAGACAUAUCUCAAGCAUUUGAGGCCAAUAAAAAACAGGUUGAUGUUAAUGUAACUGAUGAAAUUAGUAUGACAAUUAAAUUUGAUGAUAUGGUGCAAAUAAAUAAAAAGACAAAAUUUAUGCGUCGUGUACGUCUUUCUCUAGAAUUAAAAGAUAAUAAUGGUUUUUUUAUUUAUGAAUGGCAAAAUGAGAAUAAAAAAUGGGAGAGUUACACUGCAGAGAUAAUGGGUAAAAUAGCUGAUGCACUUAAUAAUGAUCAAACAUCAUUCUCAUUCACUUGUCAAAGUCGUUCAUAUGAUAUUGAUCUAAAGAAACUUACUCAAACAAAUACAAGUACAAAUGUUAUACGAAAAGUUCGUUGUGUUAAAUCAAUGGCAAAAGUACCACUUGGCGUUUCAACUAAUUCAAAUAAGCGUUCAUUAGAAAAUGAAGAUGAACCUACAGAAAGUACAACGAAAAAACGUGUCCUAUCAAAAUCAUCUGCUCCAGAAACAAGUUCUAUACGAACUGUAAAAACAGUUGCUGGACAAGCACCAGUCGACGCUGAAUGUAUAACAAUGUUAGGAAAAGCACAUGUUUAUAGCGAAAACAAAGAUAUAUUUGAUUGUAUGCUUAAUCAAGCAAAUGUUGGAAACAAUAAUAAUAAAUUUUAUUUAAUACAACUUCUUGAGGAUAAUAACAGUAAAACAUAUUAUGUAUGGUUACGUUGGGGUCGAGUUGGUUAUACUGGACAAACUAAUUUAGAAAGUUUUGGAGCAAAAUUAAACGAUGCAAAAAGACUCUUCUGUUCGAAAUUCAGUGAUAAAACAAAAAAUGAUUUUUAUCAUCGUGAUACAUUUACAAAAUAUCCUGGAAAAUAUGAUUAUGUUCAACUUGAUUAUAAUCCAUCUACUUCGAAAAAGACUGAGGAAAAUGAAGAGAAUAAGAAAAAACGUGAAGAAGCUCUUGAAGAAGCUAAAAGUCGACCUAUACCUGAAUCAAAACUUGAUAAACGUGUUCAAAAUCUUAUUGAAUUAGUUUGUAAUGUACGUGCAAUGGAAGAAGCAUUACUUGAAAUGAAAUUCGAUGCUAAAAAGAAUCCACUUGGUAAACUCAGUUCAGCACAAAUUAAAGCUGGUUAUGCAGCAUUAAAAGAUAUUGAAACAUUUAUCAAAGCAAAUAAUUUUAAUACUAAUUUUGUCGAAGCAAACAAUACUUAUUAUACACGAAUUCCACAUGAAUUCGGUCGACAUGCACCACCAUUAAUUAAAACUAUUCAACAAUUAAAACAUGAAAUUGAAUUACUUGAAGCACUUGAUGAUAUUGAAGUUGCAUUUAGUGCAUUAAAUACCGAUACAAAUAAUCGUAUGAAUCCUGUUGAUCAACAUUAUGAACAAUUAAAAUGUAAAUUAAAACCAAUUGAUAAUACAGAUGAUAUAUAUAAAUUAAUUGAAAAAUAUCUUCAAUCAACACAUGCAACAACACAUCAACAAUAUAAAAUGCAAAUUGAUGAUAUAUUUGAAGUUGAUAAAGAAGGUGAAGAAGAAGCAUUUAAUGAUGUUGGAAAUAAAAUGCUUCUUUGGCAUGGAUCUCGUUUAACUAAUUUUGCGGGUAUUAUGAGUCAAGGUUUACGUAUUGCACCACCUGAAGCACCCGUGACGGGUUAUAUGUUUGGUAAAGGUUUAUAUUUUGCUGAUAUGAGUAGUAAAAGUGCUAAUUAUUGUUAUACAACACCAACUAAAAAUACGGGUCUUGUACUUCUUUCUGAAGUAGCACUUGGUAAAUGGAAUGAAUUAUUAACUGCAGAUAAUAAUGCUCAUAAAUUACCAACAGGUUUAUCAAGUGUUAAAGCACUUGGUUCAAUUUCACCUAAUGGCAAAAAUGAAGUUAAAAUAGGCGGUGAUAUUACAGUACCUCUGGGUCCCGGUGAACCGACACCAGUGAAUAAUUCAAAAGGUUAUACACUUAAUUAUAAUGAAUAUAUUGUUUAUGAUACAAAACAAGUUCGAUUACGAUAUUUGAUUAAAUUGAAAUUUUUAUAUAAAUAA